AUGGAGUUUAUUAAUGCUGAGCUGAAAUGCGCCGAGGAAGCAUCUCACCAACUAGCUGGCAAAUGCAACUGUUCAAUUAAAACAAUAUACGGAUUGCCUUGCAAGCAUGAUCUUGCACAUUAUCGGUUCCUUUCCAUUCCAAUUCCAAUACAGAGUAUCAACGCUCAUUGGAGGUGGUUGUCUAUGAACGGUCAUGAAUACCAUGACGAAGGAGCACGAGCUAACAUGACAUCUAAAGUUGUUGAGAUAUUAGAUGGGAUGGAUCCACAAAUGCGAGAGCAAAUGAUAGAUCCGUUUUUUAAUAUUGCGGAUCCAUCUCAAAGUACAGUUCGAGCCCCUUCGUACAAUACAGAACAUAGAGGUCGACCUACAGGAAAAGAUGAGCAGAGCAAACGCCGCAUACCUUCUUUUGUUGAUAUAUCCACUUCAAGUUCUAGGGCCACUCAAACGAAUGCAACGUCUCGAAAGAGAGGACGUGGGAGGGGGUCGGGGGUUCGCAAUACUCUGUCGACCCAUGAUCACCCUCUCGUUUCACCCUUCCGUGAUACCUACAUUGAGAAAUUACCUACGGUUAUGCAGCCUUAUAUUUCUCAUAUUGUUGACGUUGAACCUGACGAUCACUGUGGAUUUAGGGCGAUAGCCGCACUAAUCGGGUAUGGUGAAGAAGGUUGGAUUCAAGUACGAUACGAUCUUAUGGAGGAGAUUCAACAAAAUAAGCGUCAAUAUGAUCAACUUUAUCCAGAUCGGGAAAUGGCAGAUAAUCUAUUAGUUUUAUUAAAAUAUUUCGAGCAACCGGCACCUGAGAGGCAUUGGAUGGACUGUAUGACUUUAGGAAUUGUCAUCGCAUCAAGGUACAACCUCGUACUACAUACAUUUGGUGAGAAUAAUUGUAGUUGUUUUACUCACUUACCAUUAAGGUCCCCUCUAGUUCCAGACCUAGAGCGCCGAGAAAUAGCUAUUGCCCUUGUUGGCCAACACUUCGUGCAAGUUUUUUUACACCCUCAUUAUCCUGUACCACCCUUUUCAAUGUGGUGGUGUAAUCAUUCAUCUGACGAAGCUAAAGGAUGGGCAACUAGUUAUAUAGCACGUGCUAAUUUGUGGUACGAAAUAACGGGUACAGGACCUAACGGCGGUGCUGAAUUUGGAGGAAAUAUCGAUUAG